AUGGGGCGUCUGCAGCAAGAGGAGCUAGUCAAGUCUCUAAGGAAACUGUACGACUCUACCGAUUACUCCGACCUCACUAUCGUCACAGGCAUCGACAGGCACAAGGUGCACAAAGCGGUCCUAUGUCCACGCUCGGAGUGGUUUGCGGCGGCAUGUAGAUUCGGCAAGGAGGCGUUGAGCGGCGAAAUUACUCUUGAGCAUGAUAAUCCAUACAUUGUCCGAUGUAUGAUACAGUAUUUCUAUAAGCUCGACUACCCGCCAUUCGUGGAACCCGAGCCAGAACCCGAGGCUUCGAGCGUUCUCGGUUGGGGAAACCGUGCCGUCUCCAGGGGGCUUGGAGCCCCUUCGCCCGAGUCUCCACCUGUCGCCGCUCCGGAAGGAUUCGUGGAACCUGCACCCGCUCCACAAGACAUUGAACUUGCCGUCGAUGAUUUCUGGGCUAUUCCGACUAGAAAGAAAGGAAAGAAGGGCAAAAAGGCCGACAUUUCAUCCCGCUUGCAGCUGAAAGCUGACCCUGACGCAAGCCUCUCGACGCAUGCCCAGGUCUACGCCAUAGCCGACAAGUACAACAUCAGUGGGUUGAGAGCGCUCGCUGUCGAGAAGUAUGAAAACGCUGCCUCAAAGUACUGGGAUACGGAAGGCUUUCCGCCAUCUAUCCACAUUAUUUACUCGUCUACCCCAGACGAGGACAGAGAUCUCCGGGACAUCGUAGUCCAAACCAUUUCUGACCACAUGGGCCUGCUAGAGACGCCGGAGAUGGAAGCCACCAUGCGGGAACUCAAUGGCUUGGCGUUUGACGUUCUCAAGAGUAAGUGGCAUUAA